CCUCGACUAAACCUAGGGAGGGUUUCUCAUCGAACCAACUCAGUGCUGGUUGCCGCCUUCUCUUUAUCUCUCGAUUCGUAGAGCUUAAUUCAAGAAGGAAACAUGUCCCAUCGCAAGUUUGAACACCCAAGGCAUGGCUCUCUUGGAUUUCUUCCAAGGAAAAGAGCAUCCCGCCACAGAGGAAAAGUGAAGGCAUUCCCCAGAGAUAAUCCAACGACAUCUUGCAGAUUGACUGCUUUCCUGGGAUACAAAGCAGGAAUGACCCAUAUUGUUAGAGAUGUUGAAAAGCCAGGAUCAAAGCUACACAAAAAGGAAACAUGUGAAGCAGUUACAGUUAUUGAAACACCACCCAUGGUGGUUGUUGGGGUUGUGGGUUAUGUGAAGACACCCCGUGGUCUCCGUUCUUUGGACACAGUUUGGGCCCAGCACCUGAGUGAGGAGGUGAAGAGAAGAUUCUACAAGAACUGGUGUAAGUCUAAAAAGAAGGCAUUCACUAAGCACUCGAGCAAAUACGAGAGUGAAAAUGGGAAAAGGGACAUCCACGCCCAAUUGGAGAAAAUGAAAAAGUACUGCUCUGUGAUUCGUGUUUUAGCCCACACUCAGAUUAGAAAAAUGAAGGGACUGAAGCAGAAGAAAGCCCAUUUGAUGGAGAUUCAGGUGAAUGGUGGAGAUAUUGCAAAGAAGGUUGACUAUGCUUACAGCUUCUUUGAGAAGCAGAUUCCUGUUGAUGCUGUUUUCCAGAAAGAUGAGAUGAUUGACAUUAUUGGAGUGACAAAGGGAAAAGGCUAUGAGGGUGUGGUUACUCGCUGGGGUGUCACUCGUCUUCCCCGUAAGACCCAUCGUGGGCUUAGAAAAGUAGCCUGCAUUGGUGCUUGGCAUCCAGCUAGGGUUUCGUUUACUGUUGCCAGGGCUGGGCAGAAUGGCUACCAUCAUCGUACUGAGAUGAACAAGAAGAUAUACAAGCUUGGAAAGUCUGGGCAGGAGUCUCACUCUGCAAUGACCGAGUUUGACAGGACGGAGAAGGAUAUUACGCCCAUGGGUGGUUUCCCACAUUAUGGUGGGGUGAAAGAGGAUUAUCUUGUCAUAAAGGGCUGCUGUGUAGGUCCGAAAAAGCGAGUUGUUACCUUGAGGCAGUCACUUUUGAAGCAGACAUCACGGGUUGCCAUGGAGGAGAUAAAGCUCAAGUUCAUUGAUACGUCAUCCAAAUUUGGCCAUGGUCGUUUCCAAACUACACAAGAGAAGGCAAGGUUCUAUGGCAGGCUCAAGGCUUGAUCUACCUGUAGUGAUAGAGAUCCAGAAUGACCUCUUUCAGUAAUUUAUCAUGAUUUUUGUUUUCGGAUUGGAUCAUUAAUUUCUUGAACUUGUAUUCUUAUAUUUAUGAUUAUUUUGGUCAGUCUUACCUUUUGAGUAA